UGGCGUCCAACCGACCCUACGGCGGCCUUGGCGAGCCAUGUGGAAAAAACACACCCACUGCCCAUAGGCCACGCCCUUCCUGGCUUCGCGCAUGCGCCCCGCCCGUCCUGAGGACCUCCCAACCUGCAGGGGGCGAUGAAAGUCCGCUUGCUCUUCGCUUGCAGUUGCUUCCGAGUCAGAGGUCAGACGGUCUAUCGCUGCGUGGGACAUGGUGCAGCUGCGACCGCGCGCGUCUCGCGCCCCGGCGUCGGCGGAGGCGAUGGUGGACGAGGGCCAGCCGGCCUCGGAGGAGGAGGAGGCGGAGCACGGGCUGUUGCUCGGUCAGCCCAGCAGCGGCGCGGCCGCCGAGCCGCUGGAGGAAGACGAGGAAGGGGACGAUGAGUUUGACGACGAGGCCCCGGAGGAGCUGACUUUCGCCAGCGCCCAGGCGGAAGCGAGAGAAGAGGAGCGGCGAGUGCGGGAGACCGUGCGCAGGGAUAAAACGCUCCUGAAGGAGAAGAGGAAGCGACGCGAGGAGCUGUUCAUCGAACAGAAGAAAAGAAAACUCCUUCCAGACACUAUUUUAGAGAAGUUAACCACAGCUUCACAGACUAAUGUCAAGAAAUUGCCAGGAAAGGUCAAAGAAGUUAAUUUGGAAAAGAAAAAUGAAGACUGUGAAAAAGGAAAUGAGUCCAAGAAAGUUAAAGUACAAAAAGUACAGUCUGUCAGCCAGAAUAAAAGCUACUUGGCCGUCAGGCUAAAAGACCAAGAUCUGAAAGAUUCAAGGCAACAAGCAGCACAAGCCUUCAUACAUAAUUCAUUAUAUGGGCCAGGAACCAACAGGACUACUGUAAAUAAGUUCCUGUCUCUUGCCAACAAGAGGUUACCAGUGAAAAAGGCUGCUGUCCAGUUUUUGAAUAAUGCUUGGGGAAUCCAGAAAAAACAAAAUGCCAAGAGGUUUAAAAGACGGUGGAUGGUCAGAAAGAUGAAAACUAAGAAGUAAAUCAAUGCUAAAUGAAGAAUCUGUACUUUUUUCAGUACAAUUCAACAUAUGUUUACGGAAUACAGCUGCCAGAUAUUGAGGAUACACUGAUGACCAGGACCUAGGCACUGCUUCAAGGAACUCACAAGUCUCCUGGGGAAGGCUUACAUGUAAAUAAAUAACACACAGUACAUCACUAUUGACUUAAUACAUACAAACUGAGGCUGAGAGAAAGGAGAAAAAAGCAUGGUUGGAAACAUGGAUAAGCGGUUAGAUGCUAAAAUACCCCAAAAAACAUACUAAAAAGCUUGAAGUUUUUCCAAUAAGGAAAUAAGGUUUAAAAUGAAGGAAACCGAUAUGGAUUAGACUUCAUUUUAGAAGGAUCACACAACAACACUAUAAAGCAUGGCUUGAAAUUAGAGUGAGGCUGUAAGCAACAAAACUAACAGGGCCUUAAAAAGAAAAAAUGUUUUAUACCAUUAAACUCACAGUAGUAAACAUCUAGGACUUUAUUCUUUCUUCACAAAGGAAAAUGAAUGAAACUGGCAAAACAAUACUAAUGGUUUAAAGCCUGCUGUAAAAAUUAACUGGUGAUGAUAACCAAAGAAAUGCAAAUAAGCAAUUUUAAGAUACUAACAUAUGUUAAACCCACUAAAGUAGCAUUAAUGUAGUAGUGCCAUUGGUACGUUCUUUUAUUACUGCUGGUGAAAGUUGAUAGAGGGUUUCUGAAAACCAGUAUAGCAACAUGUAGUGAGAGCCACAAUAAUGUUCAUAUUAUUUGACUCAAUUCUAUUUCUAGAACUUUAUCUCAGUGGAAUAAUGUGAAGAAACAAAGAUGCAUGUAUAAAGAUGUCACUAAAGCAUCUGACAUAAAAGCAAAUGGAAAAAUCCAACAACAAAGCAAUGUUGAAAUAAACCUAUACAGCAACAAUAAAAUAUCAUGGAGCCUUUUGUGUUUUUUGAGACAGGGUCUCACUAUGUCACCCAGGCUGGAGUGCAGUGGUGCAAUCACAGCUCACUGCAGCCUCGCACUCCUAGGAUCAAACAAUCCUCUUGCCUCGGCCUCCCAAAGUGUUGGGAUUAGAGGUGUGAGCUGCCACACCCAGCCUUGUGUAGCCAUUUAAAAAUAAUUGGAAAUAAUACAUAGAAACUGGGAGGAAAUAAAUUCUUACAACAAAAUAAUACAAAAUAGUGCCACCACGGUUAUUAGCUAGUUAAAAUAAAUGCACAUGGGAGUUAAGACACAAAACUGAAAAUACCUGAAAUAUGUAGCAUUAUGGGUUAUUUUAAAGCAAAAAACAUUACUUCAGUGGAAUAACUUCUCAGGGAAAUAUGACAUCAUUUAGGUAGGAUUUUCAAAUUGUACUCAUAUUUAGUUUAGAAUCUGGAGCAGUUUCUAAAUAGGGUGACUCUCAAUGGUUCUAUUGCUACUUCAGUUACUAGACUAAAGGCUCCUUGCAGGCUGGGGCUGUUCAUUCAUACUGGACUUUCCAGAGUCCCUACAACAAUGCCUCUCCACACUGCAAAAAUUCAAUAAAUAGCUGCUCAACAAACAAUUUAAGAGUUCUUUUGGGAGCCACUGGAAGACGUAGCAGAUAAGGAACAAAGACAACAGGAAAAGAGGAAAGAAGACUGAAAAAACUAAAAGGAAAAAGGUCAAGAGAAACAGUGUGCCACCUGACCUUCAACAUUAAUCAAAUCUGUCUCUCUUGUGUGUGUGUGUCUGGAUGUGCAUGAACUUCUGAGUCACAUGACUCAAAGUUUACGCAAACCUAAAAAUGAGAUUUUUAAAAAAAUGCUACAGUUACAAGUGAACUGAAGUGACAAAUAAAAAGUGGUGGAAUGAUUUCUAAACCUGUUUUCUCUUCAUGUUGCCCUCAAAUCAUCCAGCCUUGUUCUUUGGCUACUUAUAAGGUGGGUCAGUUACUCACCUUACCCCUAUCUAGAUCAAGGUAAGUUUGGGAAAUGAGAUGGAAGCAGCUCAGAGUAUUAAGAAAGUCUCUGAAAGCAGCUGGCAUUUGCUUAGAAGUUAGAGGUGCAAAAUCAAAGAUAUCUAUACUCUUUAGAUGAAGAUGAUACAUCUUCACACCCUUCAGUUUAUAACCAAGGAGUAUCUUUGGGAAUUGGCCAUAUAAUGCCAUCUUCUGAGCUUCAUGUAAAUAAGAAUCAAACACAAAGUAAGCUAAUGGAGUAUAAUCUUAAAGUUUCAAAGGUACUUCGUUCUGCUCAAUUAGCAUGAAGUUUUAACAAGAAAGCCAAGUCAGAUAGC